AUGGAUGAUGGGUUGUCAGGGUUUUGCAUUAAAGCUGGAAGUGUUCGGGGAAAUGGGAAUAAUGGAAGCGGUGGUGGCGGUGGUGGUGGUGGGGGAACUAAGUGCGGGAGAUGGAAUCCCACGACGGAACAGGUUAAGGUUCUGACCGACUUGUUCCGGUCGGGACUUCGAACCCCGAGCACCGAUCAAAUCCAGAAGAUUUCGACUCAGCUUAGCUUUUAUGGGAAGAUCGAGAGCAAGAAUGUUUUUUACUGGUUUCAGAACCAUAAAGCUAGGGAAAGACAGAAGCGUCGGAAGGUCUCCAUGGAUGAAAACGACUUCAUUUGCAGAGACAACAGGAUUUCUUCUUCUAAACGGUUUUUUGAGGUUAACCAUCAUCAUGAUCAGGUUAAGGGAUGUCAGCCUGAAAGGGUUAUCGAGACUCUACAGCUUUUUCCUUUGAAUUCCUUUGAAGAAUCCGAUCAUCAGCAGGAGAAGCAUCUGAGAUUCCAUGCAAGUGAUCAAUGCAGGGAAACAGCAACAUUUCCUUACAAAAUCAGUACCCCAGAAACUGAUCAUCACCCACCAUUGGAUCUUCGCUUAAGUUUCCUGUGA